AUGAUAGACGGGUCCGUCAACGCCUACUUUGCCAGUUACCUUGCCGCUGCGCAGGAUCUGCCGCGUCUUCUUCAAAAAUUUUUUACCACCUUAUUUGAUUCUGAUAUAGGGCAAACUAAUCUCAUGAAUACUGUUGUAUCAGUUCUUACUAGCCUCUCGGAAAAUAGGGACAGCAAAAAUCUAGAGACAUUAUCAUCUAUCCUAAUAACAAUGAACGAUGCAUAUGAUGCAAGGCUUGCUGAGAUGAGUGAGCUUUUGGAAACGCUCGAACAAGUGCUCCAAUUUUUGUCACAAUCCGAAUCCGCACUACACGCGAAUGAUGAGCAACAGCUCAAGAGUCUGAUAAGUGCUUUUGCACCUGGUGGCAAUGGGCAGUGUGCAGCUCCACUUCCAUUAAAAAAUGCUUCGCCUUCGCCACCUCCGCAGCCACCUGUUAAAUCAGCUCGUCGAGCCAUCCAUCAACACCACCGUCCUUCACCCUCGCAACUUCUUUUACGAGGCACAAAGUGGAUAAGUGCUCGGCGAAACGCUGCGUCUUCGGCUCGAGGAGGUCCGUUUAGAGGUAUUAGGAAUCGAGUGACAUCAUCCUCCGCCCAUUCCUCGCGUUCUCGAACUGGUGAUUUGCACAGAAGAGACCACGUUCCGUUGGAACAAGUGAUAGCCAACCGACCAACGAAAAUACCUCCCUCCCCAUCCUCGAUUUCUUCUUCAAAUGAGUCAGAUGAGUGCAACCAGCCGCGUCCAAGGUCGAGAAGCACCUCUUCUCCUCUGCGCAGUCGUAAAAGAGAAGCAGCGGGAGCCAGUUCCACAGCCGCAGACGUGUCUGGAGAGCGCCUCUACUGCUUGUGCAAAAAACUGUCUUACGGAGAUAUGAUAGCUUGUGACAAUCCGCGUUGCGAAAUUGAGUGGUUUCAUUUCGCAUGCGUAGACAUAAAGACUCAACCCAAAGGUCGCUGGUAUUGUCCCCGGUGCAGAGGUGAAAACUCGAAAGUCAAGCGAGUUGAUGCCUAG